AUGAAGAAGCAGAACGUUCGGACCCUGUCUUUGAUCCUGUGCAUGUUCUCUUACCUGCUCGUGGGGGCUGCGGUGUUCGACGCGCUGGAGUCCGAGUCGGAGAGCUCCAGGAAGCGUAUCUUGGAACAGAAACGCAGCGAAAUGAAGAGGAAGUAUCGCUUUUCCGAGGAUGACUACCGGGAGAUUGAACGAGUGGUUCUGCAGGCUGAGCCUCACCGCGCAGGCAGGCAGUGGAAAUUUGCUGGAUCCUUUUAUUUUGCUAUAACCGUGAUCACAACCAUAGGUUACGGCCACGCGGCCCCGGGCACCGACGCGGGGAAGGUCUUCUGCAUGUUCUACGCCGUGCUGGGCAUCCCGCUCACCCUGGUGAUGUUCCAGAGCCUGGGCGAGCGCAUGAACACCUUCGUGCGCUACCUGCUGAGCCGGCUCAAGCGCUGCCUGGGCCUGCGCCGCACCGAGGUCUCCAUGGAGAACAUGGUGUUCGUGGGCUUCCUGUCGUGCCUGGGCACGCUGUGUUUCGGCGCCGCCGCCUUCUCCUACUUCGAGGGCUGGACCUUCUUCCACGCCUACUACUACUGCUUCAUCACGCUGACCACCAUCGGCUUCGGCGACUUCGUGGCGCUGCAGAAGAAGGGCGACCUGCAGGAGAAGACGCCCUACGUGGCCUUCAGCUUCAUGUACAUCCUGGUGGGGCUGACGGUCAUCGGGGCCUUCCUCAACCUGGUGGUGCUGCGCUUCCUCACCAUGAACACCGAGGACGAGCGCCGCGACGCCAGGGAGCGCGCCUCCCUCAAGAGGGGCCGCCAGGGGGACAUGGGCCCCCCCGCGGGGAGCGGAGGCGGAGGAGGAGGAGGCGGCAGCCGGGACGGACACGCCGCCCGCAGCCACAGCACCCUCUUCCUGCCCAUGGAGGAGGGCACCAGCCGGAUCAACCUCAUCCCCUCUCCGGCCGAGGAGCAGGACGACGCCGAGCACGUCCAGCGCCUCCACCUGUACCACCACCACCACCACCUCCACCACCACCACACGCCAUCGCGGCCCCCGCCGUUGACUCUCCCGCGGGCCCGGAGUCGCUCAGGCCUGGGCUCCCUCUGCUCCUGCCUGUGCUACAAGCUGGGGGCGUGCGACAGCCCCCUGCCCUCGCCGCACGAGCACACGGGGGGACACAUCAACUCUGUCUAUUACAACUCCAUCUCCUACAGGAUCCAGAGUGGGACCCCCAGCCCCAGGGACAACACGGGGCUCUCUUCCCCAGGUAGUACUCUCUCCCCCGCCCACAGCUUCAGGGAGUACCCCCGCUCACGCAGGAAGUCCGUAUAG